AGGAUUGGAAAAAUCUUUCAGUGUACAAAAGAACCAACACAACGUGGGUCGCUUUUCUUUUUCUUCCAUGCCUCACAUUACAUUCUCUUCCCCAGACUUUGUCUCGCUCAGUCCAUGUCUUGUCUCUGAGUUUUCUCGGUAAGUUUCAUGCUUCUCCUAGAUUUCAUCACAUAGAUAAGUUCUUCUGUCUUAUCAAAAUCUGGGUUUUCAUUUCUUCUGAUAUAAUCUUAGCGGGUUGUCAGGUUUGGAUAGUAAUACCUGUUCCCUUCGAAUUCAGUUUGGGAGCUGGUAAAUAAAGAAGAAAGAGAGAAAGUAUUCGGUUUGUGUUGUUCUUCUGUGUUGGGAUUUGAGAAAAGAAAAGGAAGAUCCUAAUUUGCAUUGACUGUGUUCUGAUUCUCUCAAACUUCAGCCAUUCUGAUUACAACCUAGUCGGUCUCACGAAGAAGACGUUUUCAAGAUUUCCAGCUGGUGAUUUUCCUUAUAAGUUCUUGCUAGGCUAUAUGCUAUCUUAUUAUUUUGUCUCUGAAGGACUUUUAUUGUAUUGUUGGGGUUUGGAUUUGUUAUUAUCUUGUGUAUGCACUUCAAUUGGAAACUAUCUUUCUUUCUUGUUUAUGGGAUUGACUUGAUUGAACAGUGAGUGUUGUGGUCUGAAGAGAAGUACAGCGUCAAUUUUUCUUGGUUAGGUUCUUUACUGUUCGAUUUUUGGGUCCAAAUGGGUAGCAAAAAGAAACAAGUUGGAGAAAAAUCAAGCGAUGGUAGUGGAAGUCAAAGCACAGUAGGAGAUAGCAGCUCCAAAACUUAUGAUAAAGAUACUGAGGUAUUUAUUUCCAUGUCUCAAGAGUUAAAGAGUGAAGGGAACAAGCUGUUCCAAAGGGGAGAUCUUGAAGGAGCCGUCUCAAAAUAUGGGAAAGCCAUUAAAUUGCUACCAAGAAAUCAUAUAGAUGUGUCUUGUCUGCGGAGCAAUUUGGCUGCAUGCUACAUGCAGUUGGGAAUCAGCGAGUACCCGAGGGCCAUUCGUGAAUGCGAUUUAGCCCUUGAAGUAACUCCAAAGUACAGUAAAGCCCUUUUGAAGAGGGCAAGGUGCUAUGAGGCCUUAAAUAGACUGGAUUUAGCUGUGAAAGAUGUUAGAACAGUACUGAAGAUGGAGCCAAACAAUACCAUGGCAUUGGAAAUUUCGGAGAAGGUGAAAAAUGCACUUGAAAAGAAGGGAUUAAAAGAAGAUGAUAUAGCAAUUGAGUUGCCUUCUGAUCAUACUAAACUUCCUUGUGUGCCUCCUGAAGGAGUAAAAGAGAAGAAGCGCAAGAAGAGCAAAAAGGUUGAGUUGGUGACUGCAGAUAAUGUAGGUAUUGAAAAGCCUGCUGAGGAGAAGUUGGAAGACAAGAAGGCGGAGGACAGUGUUGAGCAGAAGAAGGCUGUGAAAAAAUCCAAAGAGAAGUUGGAAGACUGUGUUGAGCAGAAGGAGACUGUGAAAAAAUCUGAAGAGAAGUUGGAAGACAAGAAGGCGGAAGAUAGUGUUGAGCAGAAGGAGGCUGUGAACAAAUCCAGAGAGAAGUUGGAAGAGAAGAAGGCAGAGGACAAUAUUGAGAAGAAGAAGGCUGUGAACAAAUCCAAAAAGAAAGUGGCCAAGGAAAAGAGUAACGAGAAGAAGGCUGAUAUAAAGGAGGUUAUUGAGGAAAAAUUUAAUGAUGGAAAGGAAGAUACAGCUAAGAAAACAGUGAAACUUGUUUUUGGGGAGGACAUUAGAUUUGCAGAAUUGCAAGUCAAUUGCAGCCUCCAGCAUCUAAGGGAAGUUAUCAGCGAUCGAUUUCCAAGCCUAGGAGCAGUUCUUGUCAAAUACAGAGAUCAAGAAGGUGAUUUAGUCACAAUCACUUCUGAUGAAGAAUUAAGAUGGGCUGAAAGAUCAGCAGGAUCAGAGAGUUCUAUACGCCUAUACAUAGUGGAUGCUGAUCCUAAGCAGGAUCCACUGUUUGAGAAAAUUAAUGAAAAGAAGGAGCAAAAGCCUGUUAUUAGUAAUGAACUUGAGAGUAGUUGUGUGGAAAAAGAAAAGGAAAUGAUUAGGCCAUCUUGCAUUGAGGAUUGGAUAAUCCAGUUUGCCCAACUGUUCAAGAACCAUGUUGGAAUCGAAUCUGACAGAUAUUUAGAUUUUCAUGAACUUGGAAUGAAACUCUAUUCUGAGGCUAUGGAGGAGACAGUUACUAGUGAAGAAGCACAAAGCCUGUUUGACAUGGCAGGAGCUAAGUUCCAGGAAAUGGCAGCUUUAGCAUUGUUCAACUGGGGAAAUGUUCACAUGUCCAGGGCAAGAAAAAAGGUGAAUUUCACAGAAGAAUCUUCUAAAGAGCACCUGCAUGAAGAGAUAAAAAAUUCAUAUGAAUGGGUGCAGGAAGAAUAUAAAAGAGCAGGAGAAAAAUAUGAAGCAGCCAUUAAAAUUAAACCCGAUUUUUAUGAAGGCUUCCUGGCGCUAGGGCAACGGCAGUUUGAGCAAGCAAAACUUUCUUGGUAUUAUGCAAUUAGCACAAUUGUUGACUUAGCAACAUGGCCCUCUACCGAAGUUCUUCAGCUUUACAACAAUGCUGAAGAAAACAUGGAGAAAGGAAUGCAGAUAUGGGAAGAAUCAGAAAAACGUUGCUUGAAUGAAGAUCCUAAAUCAAAGGAUAUCAAAUUCCUUUUACAGAAGAUGGGAUUGGAUUGCCUAUUGCAAAAUAUAUCAUCAGAAGAAAUAGCAGCUCAGGCAGCAAAUUUGAGGUCUCAAAUAAAUAUCCUUUGGGGUACCAUGUUGUAUGAGCGUUCAGUUAUGGAAUUCAAACUAGGGCUACCAGUAUGGCAUGAAUGUCUGGAAGUUGCAGUUGAGAAGUUUGAACUUGCUGGAGCUUCUCCAACAGAUAUAGCUGUAAUGUUGAAGAACCACUGUUCAAAUAACACUGCUGCUGAGGGUCUAGGAUUCAACAUUGAUGAAAUAGUCCAAGCAUGGAACGAGAUGUAUGAAGCUAGAAGGUGGCAGAGUCGGGUUUCAUCAUUUCAUUUGGAACCCUUAUUCAGAAGGCGAGCUUCAAAAAUUUAUCAUGCCUUGGAGCUUGCAUGAUUCGCUUUCUGUUCUCCAAGUUGAUGGAAAACGGCACAGCCAAUACUCACGUAGCUGCCUCGUGCUUGAAUUACUGUCUUUUCAUAGAAAGGAGACAGUUAAAUUUUCUUCAUUCUGGACGUUGGGUCCUGAACAUGUGGAGUCAUCUGCAACAUUUGUUUCCAGGUUUAUAUCUUGUUACUUGUAGGCGUUGAGUCAAUUUUAUGUUCAUAGAAAGGAGCUAUUCUUUGCGCUGCACAUAGGUGUUCCAUUUCCAAGAACAGAGUUCUCUGUCUUGCGUCAUUACACGUUGGGAAGAGUGGAGUUAUAGCAACUUAUAUUUGGUAUGUGUUUGGGAACACGUUCUCAAAAGGUUGCUCUUGUUUCCAAACACAGUUUUAGUUUUUGGUUUCUGCUUUACCUCAUAUUGCCUCCUGUUGGUGUGUCAGUUUUUAGUGAUCAGCAGUGACAUUAACUUUGUACCAAAAGCAGUUGAAGAGAAAGUGUUUGCGAGAUAUAUCCACUUGUACUGGAUCAUUUAAUUUCUUAUUA